AGUGUCCGAUAGAAAUUAGCGCGUGUCGGUUGUGUGUCUAACAUGGUGGCAUUGUGUUUAUAAAUAUUCUAUCGUGUUUUAGCCAGCGUCUGUGCAUUUAGCAAACAUAGUUUUUUUUAUAGUUGUGAAUUUUGUGAUUUACUAAAGACUUUUUAAGAUGAGUAAGAUCUUCGCGGCGCUACGUCGCUGCAAAAAGCUGGACGACAACGAUAACACCACCCAGCUGUCCAGAUGCCUUGGACUAUUCGACCUCACCUCGCUAGGAGUCGGGAGUACCCUCGGUCUAGGAGUGUACGUGUUAGCCGGUGCUGUCGCCAAGACCGUUGCUGGACCGGCGGUUACCCUCAGCUUUUUGGUGGCAGCCAUUGCUUCUGCUUUUGCUGGGUUAUGUUACGCAGAAUUCGCUUCAAGAGUUCCGAAAGCCGGUUCGGCUUACAUCUACAGUUACGUGAGCGUCGGGGAGUUCAUCGCGUUCACGAUUGGUUGGAACCUGAUCUUGGAGUACGCUAUAGGAACAGCCAGCGUCGCCAAAGGCAUGGCGGUCUACAUUGACACCCUCUUCAAUAACACCAUGGCGAGGACGAUGACGGCCGCAGCUCCGAUCAAUGUGUCCUUCUUGGCUGACUACCCUGAUUUCUUUGCGUUUGGUCUAGUUAUUUUAAUAACUCUCCUGCUCGGUAUUGGAGUUAGCGAAUCUACGAAGCUAAACAACGUGUUCACGGCCCUCAAUAUGACAACCGUCAUAAUUGUUGUCGUCGCUGGAGCUAUCAAAAGUAACCCAGCUAACUGGAACAUCAAGCUGGCCGAUAUCCCACCCGAGUACGUGAGUCAAGCCGGCGAAGGAGGCUUUAUGCCGUGGGGGGUGGCGGGCGUCAUGGCGGGGGCGGCUAAAUGCUUCUUCGGCUUCGUCGGCUUCGACUGCGUGGCCACCACGGGGGAAGAGGCCAAGAACCCGAAAAGAGACAUACCUCUAUCAAUAGUUCUGUCUCUGAUCAUAAUAUUCUUGUCAUAUUUCUCCAUCGCCACAGUGCUCACCAUGAUGCUGCCCUAUUAUUUGCAGGACGCGGAGGCUCCAUUCCCGUAUGUAUUCGAACAAGCCAACUUACCAGUGAUCAAAUGGAUAGUGACAGUGGGCGCUAUAUUUGCUUUGUGCACGAGUCUCCUCGGUGCCAUGUUCCCACUCCCGCGGGUGCUGUACGCCAUGGCGAGUGACGGGGUGCUGUUCCGACCACUAGCCGCCAUAGAACCGAGGACCAAGACCCCAUUGUUGGCCACUGCGAUUAGCGGAUUUCUUUCAGCAAUAAUGGCAGCCAUGUUUAAUCUGAAUCAAUUGAUCGACAUGAUGUCUAUAGGCACCUUGCUAGCGUACACCAUCGUUGCAACAAGCGUUCUCAUACUCAGGUACGAGGAGGAAGAUGUAUCCGUUAGCACGGAGAAGGUGUCGACGAGCGCGGGGGGUCUGGCGGCGGCGCUGCGUCAGGGUUGCAACCUGCUCGGACUCAAGUACCCCACGCAACUCUCCUCUACCAUCGCCAAGACUACAAUCGCUCUCUUCUUUGUGGUGGCGCUGGCGGCGUGCGUAGUGUUCCGUGUGGGGGACGAGGUGGGACCGGGAGGCGCAGUGGUGGGAGCGGCACUGGGUGCGGCCCUGGUGGCAUUGCUGGUGGUACUGUACCGGCAACCAACUAAUAACGUCACACAUCUCUCAUUUAAGGUGCCGCUAGUCCCACUUGUCCCAUACCUGAGCGUCUGCAUGAACGUGUAUCUGAUGGUCCAAUUGGACUACCAGACGUGGGUUCGGUUCAUCAUAUGGCUUGUAAUCGGUUACCUAAUUUACUUCUUCUAUGGAAUCCGUAACAGUUCACUCAAUGCUUGGCCGCCCGCCGGUAAACUCGGUGACAAGGAUAAAACACAAGUCGUAACAAAGUUUUGAUCUGUAUUGCUAGAGCACAAGGUUUAAUUUGGCUUGGAGGACCGAUUUAAUUGUUGAAAAACUGAAUAUUGGAGAUAUGUACAUAAUAACUAUAAUAUUAAUCCUGUGAUUGUUGGACAAGAUAAGUUUAUCUGUUUAUGUAAUUUCUUUGCGGAAAAUAUUUGUGUAAGAAAUACUUCAUCGGUGUAUUUAGAAUUACUUAAUUUAAUUUUUAUGAAAUACUAAAUCAAGCUUUAUCACUGCAGACUACAGGGUACUUAAGGCAUCUUAUAGUGUGGUUAUCAGAAACUUUCAAAAAUCGCCAAUGUGUCUCCUAGAACCUUCACUAAUAUCUGGACACGACUGCCCAAAAGUGAAUGCAAUGCUUCGAAAAAUCACAUACGUGGCUUUAUUAAUUCCACCAUAUCCUUAUCUUGUUUACUGCCGUGUAGGUCACCGGUGCCCUACGCGGCGCUCUGAAGUAAUUAUGUCGAUUUGUAUUACUAAGCGUCUAGAUUGCCUAACUUUGCCAUCUUUUGUUUUUAAUAUAUCAACGCUUGAAAGGCAAAUGUGACUAAGCGACAAUGCGUGAACUUUACAGUAGACUAAUUAAAAGUUGAAAUACCUGAAAAAAAUUAUACUUUAACGAAUCUAGCUGUAAUAUUGAAAUGAUUUUAAUAGACCUAGAAAUAUAUUUUUUUUGCGCAUCGAAUAUGGUUAUUGCCUAUGAUUUAUGUACAAAGCAGUUAUUGUCGCUUAGUCACGUUUGCCUUUCAAGCGUCGAUAUGUUCUAAUCUCUAGUCUCUUAGAAAUACAUUCAUUCUCAGAUCUUCGAAUUCGUCUUUCCCAGAGUCUACUAGACAUUCUGGUGCCUUGGUAUCAGAAAUCGACAUAAUCACUUCAGCCAACGUGUUAAAUGUCUGAACAGAUUUGGAUUUUGGUAGGCAGCGGCUUGGCUCUGCCCCUGGCAUUGCUGAAGUCCAUGGGCGACGGUAACCACUCACCAUCAGGUGGGCCGUAUGCUCAUCUGCCUACAAGAGUAAUAAAAAAAAAUAAAAAAUUUUGGAAACAUCCGUAAAACAUCGCGUAGAAAUUGGUUAUAAGUUUAUGGUAGGCAGUCGUGUUUUUUAGUUUUAUAAUUAUUUAAGGGCGCGUUUGCUACAAAUAUAAAAUAUAAAACUUAAAGGAAUAUAGGAUAUAUAGGAUAGCAUACGAGGCAGCUCCUAUUUCUCGUUGAACGCAUCUUCAUUGCGUGUGACGUCAUUUGAGGCCAAAAUGUAUGGCGAGUUGACCAUCGAUCGUAUGCUAAUAAACACGGAUUCGUUUGUGACAAUUGAUUUUGUGAUUGUUGGUUAAAUAUAGGUUUUAUUUAUAACAUUUACUGGUUAGGAAAAAUAGUUUCGAUUGACGUUUUAAUAUGAUUAGAAUUAUGUAUUUAGGACUUUUUGUUAUUUUUUAUUCGGACAAAAUCCAAGAAUAUUGUAAAACAUAUUAUAGCACUAUUCCAAUCUAAUCAGUCACUGACUCGAUUGAUAGCCUUACAUAACCUUAUAAAUAUUGUGAUUUACUUCUAAUAAUCUAAAAUAUUACAGGCAUAUGCAAAACGCACACAGCAUACAUAAAUGUACAUAAGAUACAACGCGGUAUUCAAUUUCAUAUCAAUAUCUAUAUUUGUAUCUAUGAUUUAAAUAUUUAGUGGUAAAUAAAACUAGAUGCUCUGUCCCUUUCUAGCAUGUAAGGCGUGACGUCAUAGCUGUCUACCAUGAAAUCAACUUCCGUAUCUGCGAUCGAGAUUUCGUCUUAUAAGCUUUAGCACGACCACUGAUCGUUUGACUAGUGCUAAUGCGUCGGCGGGAUGGAUAUAAUAUGUUUUGCAUAAGCCCUGUCUCAUUAACUCCGGACUGGGCUCCGGCCCGGUACGGGGUAGGGCGCCGGCUGUGAGCGGCAGGAGUUUUAGUGUGGUUCAGCUCCCACAUAACCCACCCGCUGCGCGGAUAGGGAUCCGGCGAUUUUCUCCUGUGGAAAACAGUGCUAAUUCGUAUCGAACCUGAACUUGUUGUUACUAACAUCUUCCUUCCAAUUUCUGCCACAAAGCAUCGGUUCGAAAAUGAGACAAAUUUUAUAGGAAACGAUGAAGAGUUGUGUUUCAAACUGAGUGACGAUAUUCACGCAUAUAUGUCGGUAACCAUUCAACACUAGGUAGGCAUGACUUGUGCCUUUUUUUUCCGGGCUGGAGGCCUAGGGGGCGCGCGGGGUAUGUGAGACUCAACGAUCUGCAGAUGUUGAGAGCAGACCGCGGGCCCAAGGAUUUUAGGGCCCACACACUAAACGACUCCCCUGCACUCUUACACCCGACGUCCGAUCUCCGUCCGGGGUCAAAACCCGGUCAGAGUCCCCUACUUGUAGGCACGACUUGUGCCUGACCUAUCUAUGCAAUUCUUUUGACACUACAAAUAAUCUGACAUAACGAAACGUCAAUGUCAAUGGAAAUAGUUGUAAGUAUAAUUUUAAUGAUAGCCAUAUUUGAUAUGUGAUUCUGAAAUGUGAUUUUGUAUCGUAUGAAAGUUAUAGGUUAAUAUUUUUUUUUUCUAUUUUUUAUUACCUACCUACUCAGAGUGCAUGCGUCACGCUGUAGGGGAACCGAUCCCGAAACUAAAAUAGUGACCUGUGUGCUUAGUACGAAUUUUUUAACGUUCUCGAUAGCGUAAAAGUUAACUCAGCUGGAACGUUUGCCUACGGGCGACGGACCGUCGAGGCGAUCCGCCCGGUCCUCUCGGACUGGGUGAAUCGCGACCGAGGACGUCUCACCUUCCGAGCGACGCAGGUGCUCACGGGACACGGCUGUUUCGGUCGCUACCUGCACCUCGUCGCCCGGAGGGAGCCGACGCCGAAGUGCCACCACUGCAGUGGCUGCAACGAGGACACGGCGGAGCACACGCUCGCGUACUGCCCCGCUUUCGCGGAGCAGCGCCGCGUCCUCGUUGCAAAAAUAGGACCGGACUUGUCGCUUCCGACCGUCGUGGCUACGAUGCUCGGCAGCGACGAGUCCUGGCAGGCGAUGCUCGACUUCUGCGAGUCCACCAUCUCGCAGAAGGAGGCGGCGGAACGGGAGAGGGAGAGCUCUUCUUCCCUCUCGGCGCCGUGCCGCCGCCGUCGGGCCGGGGGCCGGAGAAGGGCGUUUGUCCAGCUCCAGCCCCUAUGAGGAGGCAGUCUCCUCCCGGUGAUGGUCACGGGGCGACCUAAGGGGGUUGAGACUGCGCCGCACGCUACCGUCACUCUAGCGCGCUGGCACCAGGAGGACAGGACGGCGCGUCGGCGGCUGCGGACUGCGAUACGGUCCGCAUUUUCGUCGUCGCUGUCGUCGCCGAACAUACUGUUGAAGAGCAACCCGGUCGGCGGUGUAUCGCGUUCCGACCCGGCAGGCUGGUUCUGGCCCAGCGGGGUAUCCCGGAACACCAGCGGCACCGCCCGGGCGGCCUGGUAGGGCCGCCGUACCGCGGAGACUGACGUCGUUGGUCGUCGACUAUCGCCUCGACGACCCGUCGGUCGGGCGUCCUCGGGGUGGCGCCGCGUGUCUGGUUGUAGUGUUGACCGCGGGAACCCCCCUACUCUGAACGGGUUCUGACCCCGGACGGAGAUCGGACGUCGGGUGUAAGAGUGCAGGGGAGUCGUUUAGUGGGUGGGCCCUAAAAUCCUUGGGCCCGCGAUCUGCUCUCAACACCUGCAGAUCGUUGAGUCUCACAUACCCCGCGCGCCCCCUAGGCGCGGGGACCUCGUAGGAGGUUCGGCCCCCGGCCCGAAAAAAAAAAAAAAAGCUGGAACGUUUGCCUACGUUUCCGCUAGGGGCGCUGUCCCAACUGCAUACAAAUUUAAGUUAACUUUUACGUGAUCGAGAAGUUAAAAAAAACUCACACUAAGCACAAAGCAUCUAUUACAGGUGGUACCUCUUCUGUCUCCGCACGGGUAGGUACCACUACCCUGCAUAUUUCUGCUGUCAAGCAGUAAUGCGUUUUUGUUUGAAGGGCGGGGCAGCCGUUGUAACAACUCUACUGAGACCUUAGAACUCAUAUCACAAGGUGGGUGGCGGCAUUUACGUUGUAGAUGUCUAUGUGCUCUGGUAACCGCUUAACACCAGUUGGGCUGUGAGCUCGUCCACCAUCUAGGCUAUAAAAAACUCUAAAUCGUUAAAACGUUAAUGUAAGAUGAAGGGAAAACCACGUUCACUUUCUAAACGAAAUACAUUGCUGGCUCACAAAAUAACUAAACCCCCCAAACGAUACAUUAGCGAAUACGAAUGCGAGCUAUUCGGUUUCCGAAACGAUUCUCUUUCGCUUAUCUGUAUAUCAGUAUCUAUUUAUUGUACGGUAUCAAAAACAUAAAUACAAAGCCAUUCAAACUUAGAUUAAAGCAUAGAGUGUCACAAGACUUGUUUUGAAGUAGUCUAGAAAAGCGGUGGCAGGUCAUUGGCCCGGCUCCUCGCGCGUCGCCUAUGUCAAUUUUGACAAGUGAUCUCUAUACUGACUGCGAAACGAAAAGAAAAGAAAUCUAUAUAUUAAUACGUGAAGCAAAAACUUUGUGUCCCUUUUUACGAAAAUUGCGCGGACGGAGGAGUAUGAAAUUUUCCACACUUAUAGAGAAUAUAGAGAAGAAGUGCACAAUGCUAAUAUUCUUUUAAAAUAAUGCAUAAAAGAUACAUUAAAUCGAUAAAGAAAACAUUACACACACUACAUACCAUGUAUUUGACGCACACACGCAUGCAUACUAUUUAUUGUCAAACUUCUGUUCUUGUCAAAUUGAGAAUAGAUUAAAUAUUGUUUGUCUUUGUUAAUAUUUUUUAUAGUGUAGUCUUGGCGAAAUUUUUGAUAGAAGUAUAAAACACAAUCAUAAUAGUGUACAAACUUACAAUUCCAAUUAAUUAUAGUCGAAUUUCGACUACUACGGGAUCACUAGUAAUUGUAAAUAGACAUGCUUUAACGAAAACCGACUUCAAAUAGAAAAAAAAGAUAUUCCCUAAACAAAUUAAUAUACAUUAAAAUCAAUAAUCAUCGAAAUCGGUUGGCGUGAUAUCGAGCUAUUCAUCUAUUUGUCGCUCACGUACAUAUUGCAAAUUUUAGACUUAUAUGGUUUUCUCAUGGAUACCAUUAUCAGAACUGGACUAAAUUGAAAUGGGGCUACACGGGAAGCGUCAACUAUCUAAUAAAAAAAGAAUUAUCAAAAUCGAUUCACUCGGGAAAAAGUUAUGAGGUAACAAACAUAAAAAAAACAUGCCGUCGAAUUGACAACCUCCUCCUUUUUUGAAGUCGGUUAAAAAUACACAUUGUACUUAACCUGAAGAUAGUUUAAAUAAAUGUGUAUACAUAUUACUAAAUCUUAAAAUCAAAAUUAUAUAACCUAAUUACUUAAAACAAUAAUUCCACAAUUUUGAUAAUUAUGUAAUUUAUUUAUCUAUAUAGAAUAUAUAAGCACAGUUGAGGAUUUGCUCAAACUACUUUCCUAUCUUUUCGGGAGUAGAAUGGUAUUAGCGUUAAAAUUAAAAUUAGCAUAAUAAUAAACAAUAACCGUCUAUACAUGUUUAUAUUUUAGAUUUACUUAAUAAUAAUAAACAAUAUAUUACAGGGAUGAAUGUGAUACAAAAGAUAUUUUGUUGUUUAAUAUAAAAGACGUAUGAGACGUAUUUAUAUGAAGUUGAGAAAGUUAUUUGUUAUAUUUACCCAAUUAUACUAUGUUAAUGUUACGCACUGGGGUUAAAGAUAAAUAAAAAAAAUUUACCGAAAUAUAAAUUAAAACUGUAUUCAACACUUAGAACACUCAUAGAACGCUUUAAAAUUCUCAAUUCACUUCUUCCGCUUCGCUUCAGGUGAUCCGUUCGCUGUUUCGAGUAAUUCCAAUUACUAACUACGUGCCAUCUAUGCAACGCUUUUAUAGUCGAUACAACAUCCCUAGAAUCGUCGAGAACAUUCCUCACAAUUCGAGUACCUUCGAUGGGUGUUUCCGCUAUCUGACAAUAGAUGGCGUUGUACUUCUCGAGCGUUCUAGAUGUUACUAGAUCCUUCGAUAUUCGAUCGGCUAUUCGACGAUAGAUGCUGUUACUCUUACCGGCGUAACAAUAAGAUUUGAGGUAUUUAUCUGUUCCCGGUGACUACAUUUUAUUAAUUAUCCUGCGUAUUAGGAGUUAAAAAAUAAGUUAAACUAUAGUAACUAUUAAACUAUAAGAUAUUUCGGCUGUAUAUUCAUAAUUGACUUUAAUUACUCAAUCAUUAUUUGUGUGCAUGUGUCUUAGUGAACUUAGUGUGAACUUAGAAACAAUUAUGUUUAUUUUAUGUUGUUUAAUUAAUAAAUUUAUUAAAUAUUUAUUUUGAUAUCAUUUUAAAAAGGUACAUCACUAAGUAUGCUUAUGUUUGUAUUUAUAUUUUACACGUAUAUUACGACCGUUCAAUGAUUUCUUCGUCAUUUAUGGAGAGAUUUCGAAAAAGUUUAUUAUUAUUAUGGUAAAUGUUAACUUUUAUUUUAUUGUAUUUUAAUUUAGUUUUUUUUUUCGAUUUUAUAAUACAGGCAUCUGUUAAAAAUAAUAUAUUUCCUUUUUCGUUAAAAAUAAUAAUUAUGUUUAACAAUUAGCUGUCUCGAAUACCAAACCUGAUUUAUUUCAAUUUUUGUUUAUCCACCAUUGGCUAUAAUUUUAAUAUGAAACCUUUUUAUCUUUAGUAAUGCGAAAGAUACGUGCGAAUGCUUUGUAACCCGAAUGCAUUUUUUAUGUCUAUUUUACAAACAAUAUUCUGUGAUCUAAAAACAAAAAUAAAAGAAUUAAGCAUUAACAUUAACAAA